AUGAAGAAGAUCAGCUGGAUUAGAAAGAACUGGCUACUUGUGGCUGGGCUUUCCUUUGUUGGCGUCCAUUUGGGGACCUACAUUAUACAGAGAGCCGCAAAGUCCUCUGCUAAAUCUGGCUUGGAAAUUAAAUCAAAAGAUAUCGAUGAAUGACACCGUUUCCACCAAUGCCACACAGAUCUCUCAUAUAGCAGUUUGUUAAAUAUCAGAUAAGCACAGCUGUAUCCAUAUGUUUUGUCCUUGACUGCAAAUGAAAACAGGAGCCUUGUUCUCACUUGUGUGUAUAUUGUUCAUUAAAGAGUGUUUUAUAGUCA